UUUAAAAUUUUUUAAAUUUUUAGUUUAUCGAAAAAAUUGUCAAGAAGAAUGUGAAAGCAGAUCGUGUUAUAUAGAUGCCCAUGGAAUUAGCCGAUGCUGUGAUGAAGCUUGUGUUGGAGGGUGCUUGUCAAGAACUUGAGGAAGACGGAAGAUGUGUGUCACAGUGUACAGGAACACAAAGAUACAACAGAAAACAAAAAAUUAACGAACUCAUUCCAAAAUCCAAAGCAAAAUAUGCUUAUGAAAAGCAUUGCUUACCUGAAUGCCCACCUGGUACAUUAAUUGAAUCAUCUAGUUGUGUGGCUAGAUGUUCGCCAGGAUUUUAUCGAGAUCCUAGAAUAGAUCCACGUAAAUGUAUUCCAUGUAAAGAAAAAGAAUGCCCAGUUGUUUGUCAAUUCCCGCCUCCGGGAGUGGAUAUAUUAAAUUCUGGGAAUAUUCAUGUACUUGAAAAUUGUACAGAAGUUGAAGGAUAUAUUACAAUUAUUGACCAAUCCUAUGUAGAAAUUUCUCAAUUUGCGGACGAGAAAGAAUUUAUUCGAUUUGAACAAGCGGAGGUACAACCAAAAUCACAAAAAUUAUUUGCUCCUUUAAAUGCUUCUCAAUUGGAAAUUUUAAAAUCGAUAAAAAUAAUAACAGGCUUUUUAGCAAUAGAAGGUUCAAAUUUUAAAAAUCCAUUAAGGCCAUCCAACCUAAGUUUUCUUGAAAAUCUUGAAUUAAUUGAAGGACGUCAACUCUUUUUUGAGAAAUAUGCUCUCUUAAUUUUUGGAGAUCCACAAUUAAAAUGGUUGGGAUUACGUUCACUUUCUAAUAUAACACAUGGAAAUGUUUUUGUGAGAAAUAACAGUAAUCUUUGUUAUUCACAAUCAAUCCCGUUCAAACAAAUUUUUGGCAUUAAUCAAAGCUUUUGGAUAAAUAAUGGGAAUGAAACAGAUUGCGGUAAUUUUUCGAGAUUUUUAAUGAGUACUAAUUGUAUAGUGGCAAAAUGUCUUUUGACAAAAUGUCCAGUGACGAAAUAUCUUGUGACUAAAAAUCAGCAUCAAUGUGAUCAAAACUGUGCAAAAGAAUUUGGUUGUUGGGGUCCUGGACCAGAACAAUGUGUAAAAUGUAAAAAAUAUUUGCGUGAAAAAGAAUGUUUGGAUAAAUGUCCAGAUCAAGGCUAUUUUGUUGACAAUUCCAAACCUCUAAUUUGUCAACCUUGUAAUGAUCAAUGCAAAAUAUGUCAUGGUCCUUUACCUACACAAUGUUCUAUUUGCAAAACUUAUCAUAUUUGGAUUUUACAAAAUUCAAUAAAUAAUACAAGCAAUAGUAUUGAAUAUUAUUUUGAUGAAUUUGACGAAAAUGAAUUUAUAACUACGACUACUCCAAAAGAACAAAUUGCUGAUGGAAGUUGGACAAUUGGGGCAGUUAAAAAAUGCGUUCAAUAUUGCCCAAAUUCAACAACAUAUUCUCUUGGAUUUGAAUGUCGCCCGUGUCAUGAAGCAUGUUUUGAUGGAUGUACUGGACCUGGCGACAUUGUUGGUAACAAUGGUUGCAAUAAAUGUUUGUAUGGAUUGAAGGAUGAACUUGGAAAUUUGCGUUGUCUCAAGGGCAAUGAACCUUCAAGCGAUGUCUGUGGCUUUAAAAAUACUCUAGGGGAAAAUUAUUUUCUUGCUUUGGAACCGGCAAAUUCUCUGACUAAAUUUUCUUGUCGUAAAUGCCGUCCAGAAUGUAAAAAUUGUACUCGAGAUGGCGUAGUAGAAAUGGCUUCUGAUGGGAGUACUCCAGUUUGUAAUUGUGCCUAUUGGCGUUUGGAACCAGCUAUUGUUAAUAAUAAUCGUCCGACAGAAUGUUCAAUGGAUUGUGGAAAAGGUUCUUAUGUACUAAAAUAUCCCAACGAAACACUUUCUGGUAUUGGAGAAUGUAGACGUUGUCAUCCAUUUUGUGAUAUUCACCGGUCUUGUUAUGACGAUGGGCCUUCAAAUUGUGAGAAAUGUGCUCAUGGUGGAAUUGUUGAUAAAAAUGGGACUGUUACGUGUUUAAAUGCAUGCCCUCCAGAAUUGCCAUAUGCUGAUGAAGAAGGAAUUUGUCAACUUAUUGAUCGUGAACGUUCUCGAAGACAGAAACAAAUAAAGAUUGUUGGAGGAGUGUUUUUGGCAAUUAUAUUGUUGGCAGUUUUAAUUGGAUUUUUGGUUUGGCGUUGUCUAAUUUAUCAGAAAAAAUAUAUGAAAGAAGUGCAGAUGCAUUUGCCAGAAAUUCCUCCAUUGGAUCCAUUAAAAGUUACUCAACGUCCAAACAUGCGUCGUCUCAAUCUUAUUCAAGUUAAUGAAUUGGACUUUUUGCCUGGAAAAUCAACUGUACUUGGUCAAGGAGCAUUUGGAAUUGUUUAUGCUGGUAAAUGGCGUCCACCUGGCGUAAAAGUGAACAUACCUGUAGCUAUAAAGGCAAUAAGUGCUUUAGAUAGUCGCCUUAACGAGAAAGAAAUGUUGAGAGAAGCAGGAAUAAUGCAUUCUGUCCAACAUGAACAUUUACUUCCUGUAGCUGGAAUAUGCCUAGGAGGUGGUGGAGGACUUAAAAUUGUUACUUUAUUGCGUCCUUUGGGUUCUUUACUAAAAUUUUUUGAGCAAUAUAGUUCUCAACUUGGUUCAAAACAAUUAAUGCUAUAUUGCUAUCAGAUCUCCUCAGCAAUGGAAUAUUUAACAAAACGUGCAAUUGUUCAUCGUGAUUUAGCUGCUAGAAAUGUUUUGGUAAAAAGUGCUUUACAUGUUGAAGUUACAGAUUUUGGAUUAGCAACAAUGUUACAAAGACCUAAUGAUUCUGUAAUUAUUGAAGGAAGAGUUGCUGUAAAAUGGCUGGCACCAGAAAGUUUAAGGCAUUCAAUUUUUAAUCAACGGACAGAUGUUUGGUCAUUUGGAAUAACUUGUUGGGAAAUUUUAACUGUUGGAGCUUGUAGUCCUUAUAAAGAAUUGAAGUUACCACGUGAACGUUUAGCUAGAGAACUUGUCGAUAAACUUGAAUGUGGUUAUAGAUUAGAACAACCAAAUAAUUGCAGUCAAGAAUUGUAUCAGGAAUUGCUUAAUUGUUGGCUUCCUGAUCCAGAAUCGCGACCAAGUUUCAGACAAAUUAAAGAACGCUUUGAACAAUUUUGUCGUGCUCCUCAUAUUUACAUUCAAGAACGAAGAAAUCGUCUAAUUGAAAAUCAACAAAAACAACAACAAAUGGAAUCGCGUAUAGGAAGUAUUGGACAACGAGAAAUGAUUGCACGUUUACUUCAUGAUAGUGAUUUUGCUGAUCCUGUAUUUGUAGAUCCUGCUGAAUAUAGCAAUAAUUCCUUGAAUAAUCGAGAUGUCAUCAACACCAACAGCCCUCAACGUGAAAAUACAAAUAAUACAAACACAACAAUUCUUUCUGAUGAUGACUGUUUCUUUUCUACUGUUGAACUAGUGAACAAUAAUAAUAAAACACCUUCACCCAGAAACUGUGGUGUAAAACCGGAUCGUCAUGGAAGUGUUGCUACAACAAUUUCUUCUCGUUAUAAAAGUGAUCCACUUGGAAGUGGUAGCCGAAAAUGUUCACAUUCUUCUUGGUCUCGUGAUGAAGAUGGACCUUUACCAAAACUUUCUUUAACUGACGAAGAUAAUUAUUUGAUGCCAAUUAAAAAGCUUGGUUUAUUCCUUGAUGAAGAAAUUGAAAAAUUUGGAGAAGAGGAUGAGGAAGAGGAUAAUGAUGAUGAUGAAAAUGCUACACUUUAUACACCUGUUGUGGAAGGGAAGAGAGAUACUAUUAAAAAAUUAUUUCCCUCAACACUUCCUUACUCUAAUACUACAACUUUAUAUACAAAUCAAUUUGGGGAAUAUAUAAAUGAAAAGAACGGUGAAGAAGAAAAGAAGAAUGUUGUUGGUGUCAUCAAAGGUUCUGGUAAUAUUGAAAAGGAUGAAAAGAAAGGAGGUUAUGUGAAUACUAAAGGUGAGGAAGAGGUAAUGACCGCCGUUAAUAAUAAAAAUAUUAAUAAUAAUUAUGAAGACAACAACAAUUUAAUAGAAAAACGUGACAAUAAUAAUCAAUUGUUGUUGCGAACUGAAACUGAAACAGUUAUUUAA